AUGACUGAAAAACAGCAGGAAGAAGCAGAAUGGGAGAGCAUAAAUGUGCUGUUGAUGACACAUGGCUUAAAACCUUUAGUUCUAGUCAAAAGAACAGAUCUUAAAGAUCUCAUCAUUUUUGACAAACGGUCAUCACAAAGGAUGAGACAGAACUUGAAAACGUUGGUGGAAGAAACAGAACGUCAACAGAACGUGAUCCAGGAGCUCGUAGAUACUAAUCAGCAGCUUAAAAAAGAACUUGAACUAGAAAAAUGCCGAGCAGUAAAUCAGGAACAGCGAGCUAAUGACUUGGAACAAAUAGUGGAGAGUGUGAAAUCCAAAAUUGGUGAAUUGGAGGAUGAUUCCAUAAAUAGAGUUUGUCAGCAGCAGAAUCAAAUAAAAGAUCUUCAGAAAGAGCAUAAAGCUUUACAGGCAAAAUGUCAGCAUUAUAAGAAAAAACAAAUGGAGCAACAAGAGACUAUUGAUUUUUUGCAAAAGGAUAUCUGUAGAUUAACAAAGGAGGAGGAAGAGCGCAUUGUCACUCAAAACCGAGUAUUUUCUUAUCUCUGCAAAAGAGUUCCUCAUACCAUCCUGGACAGACAGUUGCUUUGCCUAAUUGACUACUAUGAAUCUAAAAUUAGAAAACUUCAUAAACAAAGGCGAUAUAAUGAAGAUGAAAGUCAGUCAGAAGAUGACGACGACUGCAGCAGUCUUGAUGCCUCACCAACUUAUAAAGGCCUUCUACUGUCAUUACAGAAUCAACUGAAGGAAUCAAAAUUUAAGAUUGAUACACUUUUAAGUGAAAAGCUGAAUCUCCAAAAAGAUUUGGAAACCAGGCCAACACAGCAUGAAUUGACAAUUUAUAAACAACAGGUGAAGAAACUGGAGAAAGCCCUAAAGAAAAGCAUCAAAUUACAGGAUUGUCUCAGUCAAAGCAAGACUGAGGACACAGAGAAAAAAGAUGACCCCAGCAAAGAUAACCAGCGGCAGGCCCUAAUUGACCAGAGAUACUUUCAGGUACUGAGUAGCAUCAACUCAAUUGUUCACAACCCAAGAGCUCCAGUAAUACUUUAUAAACAGAGCAAAGGAGGAGUCCAACAGUUUAAUAAAGAUUUUGGUCAAGAUUGUGAAUUUGAGCAUCUUGUUCCUAUCCUAGAAAUGUGGGCAGAUCAACUGACUUCCCUGAAGGAUUUGUAUAAGUCCUUGAAAAAACUAUCUGCAGAAUUGGUGCCUUGGCAUAAUUUAAAGAAGCCAGAUGAAAAGGAAGGUAUCAGAGUUGAACACCUGUUGUUUAUGGUAGAUACCAUAUUGGAAGAAAUUGAAAAUAAGGAAAAGGACAGCAACAUACCAAACUUUAAAACUUUGAAAGCUAUUGUUUGUCAUUUCCAAAAAUUAUUUGAUGUGCCUUCUUUAAAUGGAGUCUAUCCCAGAAUGAAUGAAGUUUAUACUAGGCUUGGAGAAUUGAACAGUGCUGUGAGAAACCUCCAAGAACUCUUAGGAUUAGAUAGUUCAUCCUCAUUGUGUGUGCUGGUAAGCACAGUUGGAAAAUUGUGUAGGCUGAUUAAUGAGGAUAUGAAUGAACAGGUUAUGCAGGUGUUGGGACCUGAAGACCUCCAAAGCAUUAUCAUCAAAUUGCAAGAACACGAGGAAUUUUUUCCAGCUUUUCAGGCAUUCACUAAUGAUCUACUUGAAAUCUUAGAAAUUGAUAACUUGGAUGCCAUUGUACCUGCAGUAAAGAAAUUAAAAGUACUUUCAUACUGA